UCUUAUUGUGCUUUCAGAAGCAAAUGACAGGGAAGCUGCAAAGGCUGCUGAAUAGCUGCAAUCCGUAGGAAUUUCUGGCUGUUGCGAUGGUGCAGCAGCAGCAGCAGCUACUUCAGGUCCUUUCCGUGGCUGUCUAUAACCACUACAAAAGGAUCUAUCACUCAUCUGUACAGAAAGGGACUGAGGGAGAUUUGGGAAGUCCCAAGGCAGAAACUGAGGAUGAUGAUUCGGUGGAGCUAGAGAAAAGCAAUGUAUUGUUGAUGGGUUCAACUGGCUUAGUUACAAAAGCGUCAGCUCUUUCUUGCCUGUUAUAUGGUACUUGCUCCUCAGGAGGAGAAAUGAAUUGUGGUUAUGGCCCAAUUACUUUCAGGCUCUUGUAAAUGAAAGC